AUGCAGGAGAUGGAAUUUAUAAUGAAACAGAAAAAGGAAGAUGUAUUGUGCAUGUCAGCUGAAUUCUUCAAGUUGAGAAUGAGGUCAAAUACAAUAGGUCAUCAAGGGCAGGUGAAGAGGAAAAUGGGAUUGACAAAGUGUGAAUAUGAGAACAGAAUUGACUGCACCACUGCCUUUGCUGUAUCCAGUUCAAUUCAACCAUUUAUUUCUUUACAUAAAAGUGAACUGAAUUGGUUCUACAGUAGUAUUUGUCAUGCUGCUUCUGUUAUUUUGAAGUAUUUGAACGACCAGAAUCGGCCAUACAGUGCACAAGAUGUUUUUGGGAAUCUCCAGCGAGAAUACGGCUUUGGGAAAACAACUGCAGUGAAAGCUCUUGAGCAGCUAAAUCAAGAUGGUAAAAUAAAAGAAAAGGUUUAUGGGAAACAGAAAAUCUACUUUGCUGAUCAGAGUCAGUUUACAGCUGUUAGCGAAGCUGAUCUGAAGACCCUAGACAUUGAGAUCAGUGAGCUGAGUGAGAAGUUCCAGAAUGUUCAACAGAGCUGUCGGCAGUUGGAAGCAGAACUUAAAGAGCUAAAUAGUUCGAUGACAACCGAAGAAGUGUCUUUGGAAAUUGCAGCAUUAAACCAGGAAUGUGCAUCACAUCAAGAGAGACUGCAAAAAAUCAAAUCUGCAAGCAAUCACGUUGCCCCAGAGGAUAAAGAAAAGGUUUAUGAUGAACGGAAGCUCUAUGUGAAAGAAUGGAAGAGAAGGAAGAGAAUGGUUGGUGAUUUGACUGAUGCAGUUCUGGAAGGGUACCCCAAGAGCAGAAAGCAAUUUUAUGAGGAAAUUGGAAUAGAAACAGAUGAAGAUCACAUGGUCACUAUGCCAGACGUAUGAAGAAUAAAGUUGUACAAAAAAUGGCAGUACAACCAAAGUUUCAUGUAAAUACAAAAGCUACUCCAGGAUGCUUUCUGCCCAAUUUGUUGCAUCAAGGAAUUCAUGAGUCUUCUGCUUGGCUACUGAAUGUAGAAUUUCCUAUGAAAUCUGUUCUUUUUCAAGUGUUGCUCCAUCCAAUCACAUUGAGAUGAUAAUGCUAUAUUUUUGAUUUCAACAGGAACAUAACGAGAUCUUGCUCACCCACACUCAGAAUUUCAUUUGUUUGCAGCUGUUUGGAGAGUUCCUUUAUGGAGUGCAGUUCAUUUUUAUUUUGGUCAAGUCAACAUGGCCCUGCUACAAUGAACAGCGUCUGGUUUGUAGAACUUUGCUGUGCACUACUGUCUGAAAUUCAUAUUUAUAGCAUUCCAAAAGAAUUGCUCUGAAUCUGAACUGAGCAAUUUGUUUGCUUGGAUAUUGAACUGGAGCUUGGCUCAUUAGUUUUCAAAAAUAAAGUUUGGUUAAUCAUUUGACUCAAACCAGAUAACUGGUGGCAGGUAAUAAAAACACUGGUCUACUCUGUGUCAACAUUAUCUUUUCUUAGACUUUUACUGUUAGGUUUUCUGUUUAUUGAAAAGAUUUUGUCAUGUAGCUGAUUCAGAUUUCUGUGUUGUUGAACUUAUUAACACACGUUACAGCAUUGUAUAUGUUGUUUUUCAGAAUAAAAUAUUGUAAAAUUUA